GCGUGGUUUGUCUUCUUGCUACCGUGCUAUUCCACCUUCAAGACCCUCUCCCAUGCACCUCCGCACGGUGACCAGAUCCAAGUAUGGUGCAUGUAUUGGGCAGUUAUCGGCGCAUUCAUCGCAGUCGAAAACAUACUCGGGUUUUUCAUAUCCUGGCUCCCCUUUUAUUGGGAACUCAGGACAUUGCUCCUACUCUACUUGUCGCUUCCCCAGAUCCAGGGUUCGACUUAUGUCUACAAAACCUACCUUGAACCGUUCUGCCGAAUCAAUGAAGCUGAGUUUGAUGCUGGGAUCGCGUCGGCCACCGGCAGCAUCCUAGAAUUCUUCCAGUCUCGCCUUGCCAGCGUGACUGACAUCUUCAGCUUGUUAAACAAAACACCCGUCACCCUGCCGCCUCAAUCUAACAGGGCCUACAAUACCAGCGCACUGAACUGA